AUGGUCGGAGUACCAGAGAAUGAAAGAGUGAUAGUCGGAGGGGAUCUAAAUGGUCAUGUUGGCGGAAGGAAAGGUGGGGAAGAGAGGUGGCAUGGAGGAGGGGGGUAUGGCAAGAGAAAUGAGGAAGGAAAAAAGAUAGUGGAGUUUGCAGUGGCUUUUGAUCUAGUGAUUAUGAAUACCUACUUCCAAAGAAAAAGAGAAAAACUAAUAACAUACAGGAGUGGCGAAAAUAUAAGCCAAAUUGAUUACAUAUUAUGUAGAAGGAAAUAUGGUGGGGAGGUGCGAAAUACUAACAUCAUAUACGGUGAAGGAAUAAACACAACGUAA